UAUAAGCUUACAACAGGUUGCAUUAAACCAUUCACUGUGAUUUUUGACUAGCAAACAUAUAUAUAGCCACUCAAAAUGACUCAAGCUACUGACUACACUAAGCUGACACUCUCUGACACGGAGAACACUAGCAAUGGAGAGCUCACUUUUGUAAUGGAAGACAAGGAAUCUGAGCAAAAAGAACAGAAAUCAAUGUGGACCCAAUGCAAAAAAUUUGCAGUGGACAAGAAGCGAUUUUUUAACAAGUUGCAGAAUCUUAAUCGAAGAGAAAUAGCUGGAAUAGCUGCAGCAACUGUGCUAGUAUCUGUGGUAGUAUUCUUCGUGAUGAGUGAAGUCAGGUCACGUGAAGCGCACAAUAGUUUAAAAGAAACGAUUGUGAAAGCAAAUGCUACCCAAGCAAUUGAGAAUGAUGCAAUGAGGCUUAAAAUGAUAGAUUUGAGAGAACACCAAAAGCAGACUGAUGCGAAGUAUGAGCGAAUGUUGCUAAUGGUAACCAAACUUAAACAGCAACAAAACUCAACUGUGAUGAAUCUGACAAUGCAUAUUGACAAAUCGAUCGAUUCUCUUGACCAAAAACUUACAGAAAUCCACAACAGUACUCGAGCCAAAGUCAGCGAACUCUCCAAACAAAUGGAGCUGGCUCUUGACGCAGUGGGGGAAAAAAUCCAAAAACAGACAGAUGCGAAGUUUGAGCUGUUGAUAAAUGAGAUUAAACAGCAACAAAAUUCAACUGUGAUGAAUCUGACAAUGCAUAUCAACAAAUUAAUUGAUUCUCUUGACCAAAAACUUACAGAAACUCACAAUAAUACUGAAGCCAAAGUCAGCGAACUCUCCACUAAAAGCAAACAAAUGGAACUGACUCUUACCUCAGCAAAGGACAAAAUACAAUCGCUUACGACUGGUUUUAAAGAACUGAAAGUCAAAACUCGAGAAAAUAGUGUUUUGCUUCAAGAGCUGAAAACACAGAUGGCUAAUGAUGAAGCUCGACUUGAAGCCAUUGUCAAAAGAGUAGACAAAUUGAAAUCAGAGAAAUCAGUGACUGACAAAGAGCUCAGAAAGAACAUUGAUGAUCUUUCCAAGAAAGUGAGCAGAACAAAACAGAACACGAAAGACAUUUACGAUCGAAUUGAAAAGUUGAAUAAACAGAACACACAUUUCGCUACGAGUAUUGAUAGUCAGAACAGAGAGAUCGAAACAAUUAAAGCAAAAAUUGAGUCACAAGGUAAGCGUCUUGAUUAUCAUGAUAGGAAAGUAACACAGAUUGAGGGAAAGCAAGUCUCCCUAACAGAGCAAACUAAUGCACAUGACCAAAGAUUCAAUAGACUACUAGAAAGUGUUCGGUCCUCAGGGUCUAGAGACAUUGGAAGCACUUUUAUAAUUGCAUUAUUUACUUCGUGUUGUUUAUUGUUAACUAAGUAUUUUGACUUAUAAUUAUGUGCACCAAUUAACUUUAUGUCUGCUGUGUAUAAGUUGCAGUGUGACUAUUAACUUUCAUUGUCUGA